UAUGAUUACCAUUCUUAAUAAGGCUGUGAAUUUUUAUACAAAAAAUAAAAGAAGAAUAGAUCCUCAUAUUACAAUUCUAGGACUCUACUUAACAACCAAAUUCUUAUUCAAAAAGACAAAACACAUUCUAUCAACUUUAAUGCUUUCAUAAGUUGAUAUUACUAAUAAAUAUGGCAAAGGAUCAUAUGCUUUAAUCACAGGUGGAGCUGGUGGAAUUGGAAAAGAAUUUGCUAUUGAUUUAGCAAAUAAGGGAUUUAACUUAAUUAUAGUAGAUUUCAAUCAAGUCAAUUUGGAAUCUGUUUAAUAAGAAAUCCUAAAAAUAAAUAAUAAUCUUAUGGUUAAGACAAUACUAUUGGACUUUAGUUAAGGCAAUAAUCCUGACUUUUUUAAGAAAUUUCAAUAAGAAGUAUAAUACUAUUUUUAUUUUAGAUAUCAAAUUUAGAUAUCUCCAUUUUAAUUAAUAAUGUAGGAACAAUCAAAGGAGCCACUGGUAUUUUUGAUAGAUAACCUCUUUAAAAUAUUAUAGAAGGGUUUAAUAUUAAUUUUGUUACUGCAAUUAUGCUCACUCAUGCAGUCAUCAAUUAAAUGAAUUUGAGAGAUAAAUAUUAAUCAUUAAUAAUAAAUCUAAGUUCUGCAUCAUCUAAUUUUCCUUUACCUCAUUAUUUUGGAUAUGGAUCAUCAAAAGUAAAUACUUUAUAAUUAUUUUUUAGAAUGGUAUGGCUAACUUUUUUGAUGCUUUAGCCUUAGAAAAUAAAGAUAAUUAAAAAAUUGAUAUAUUAACAAUAAAACCAUACUUUGUGAGUACUGCAUUGAUUAAUUAUAGAAAAGGUUUAUUUAUUAUAUCUCCUCAAUAAUUAGUACAAUAGACUUGGAAAUAUGUUGGUAGAACUACAGAAGUUAUUCCAAACAUAAGUCAUCAAUUAUAAUAUUAUUUUGAUUCAUCAAUACCUAUUUGGCUAUUGAACAAAAUUAAUCAAUUUUAAAGAAGACCAUAAAAGAAAUGAUU